ACGAAUAAGGAUAAACGGUGCCAACAAGCAACCAAAACAUUUACAAGUAAAAGAAAAGAUGUCGGCGAAAAAAGAAGUGUGUGUCGUCUGCCUGAGCAAGAAGCGCCAUCAGGUGUAUACAAAAUGCCAGCAUUCGUUCUGCCGUCGCUGCCUGCGCCGCGUUUACUUCGAGUGUCCCACCAAAAAUUGCCCCCUGUGCCGUCAUCCCAUUGGUUACUAUGUGCGCUACCAUCGCAAAGGCUUGAAAAUAUCUUUCUUUUUCUAAAAAAUAAUAGGCAAAAUCGCAUAAAUAAGUUUUUUUUUUUUAAUAGUUGUUCAGAUUUAAUUUUCUUUAUGUUUUAUAAACCACAAACCAUUGUGGAAAUAUGGGAAAUAU